AUGACCUCCAUUGAGCAGGAAACAUCUGAGGAGCCUCAAGAACCAUCAGCCCCAGAUGAGACACAACCACCUGCAGAAACACCACAAUCAGAGCUGUUGGCGGAAAUUGAACUUCCUCUCAUACUACAGCAGGUAACCAGUCAGCUGGAAAACCCUCAGAAUAUCAAACAGGGUCUGGUCCAGGUUCCUGAGCAAAAUCUACAAAGGCUCAUGGGUCACAAAGAGAAGGCAGACAAACUGGAGGAGGUGAAGACAGUCCUGAUCAAUGAGGCUGAGCAGCUGAAGAACCUGCUCAGAUCUCAGACAGCUAAUGUCAACUAGUGGAUUGGUCUCCUCCUGGUGAAUCUUUCUAAGAAAGACACAGCACAAAGCAGGCUGUGUCCAGAGUUGCAGAGCUGCAUGGACCUUUAGCAGCUGAAGAAUGUAAGAGGAUGAAGGCAGAGACCAACCUCCGAGCAGAAAAAAAGAAACCUCCACACUGAAAACGGCACAGGCCAAGGCCAAAAUAGACCUGGAGAACCAGAGACGACAUUGGGAGGAAGAGCGAGCUUGCCUGCUGGACUGUCAUAACCAGUAAGUUGCAAGACUAAGAGAAAAUGUCCUCCAGGUGCAGGAAGAACUGAAUAAGGAAAAGAUACAGUGGCAGCAAGACAAGACCAAUUUCAUGCAGUCCAUUGUUGUCUUGCAGGGGACUCUGGAGAAGAAAGAGGCAGAACCACCUCAAUCUGAGGAUGAUUUCACGGACAGGCUGGUAAAACUUGAAAGCCAGAUGGAACAGAUCAAAAGGAAGACUAAAAAGAAGUCUCUGAGGAAAAGGUUCGUCCAACUUUCAGGAGAACCACAGACUCAGAUCUCUCCACUUAGUUUUAACCUCCUCUGCCAAAACCCUUGA